UGAAUCGAACACGCAACCUUCUGAUCUGGAGUCAGACGCGCUACCAUUGCGCCACAGAUCCAUUUGAUGUUAAACCACCAUCUCCGUUCCACUAAUAACCAUCAUCACCAUCAUCGCAGAAAACUAUAUAAACAACAUUUUCCCGCCAAACGCAACAAACCAAAAAAUUCCUAUUUUCUCUCUCUAUCUCUUCUUGGAGAUAGAAUCUUGAAUUUUCGCGGGAAAAUCAAUCAAUGGAAGAAGAAAGCUCCGAAUUCAUCGACAUCAAGCUUUCUUCUCCGGCGAAGAAGCUCCCACUCGAUCUUCCUCAAGAUCCGCAGCUCAAAUCCUGCCGUCGUCUCCGCCGCAGAGGUGACACAUGGGUAAUUUCUGUUAUGGUGUUAAUCCAACUAGGGUUCUUCAUUGCCACGAUGCUCGUCAACGAUUGCUUCACCAAUUCUCACGGUGAUUGCACUUUUCCAUCUCUUGGAAGGUUCUCGUUUCAGCCUCUCGCUGAAAAUCCUCUGUUAGGUCCUUCCAUGUCAAAGUUGGAUGAAAUGGGAGCACUACAAAAGAACUUUUUGACGGAACGUCAUCAAACUUGGAGACUUUUCACGUUUCCAUUUUUACAUGCAGGACUCUUCCAUCUUGUGAUCAAUCUCUGCAGUGUCAUCUAUGUUGGAAUUCGCCUAGAGCAGGAGUUUGGGCCAUUAAGGAUUGGUAUAGUCUAUAUACUAUCUGCUUUUGUGGGUGCCUUAAUGGCAUCUCUUUUUCUUCAAAACAUCCCUGUUGUUGGUUCUUCUGGUGCUCUAUUUGGAUUACUAGGAGCAUUGCUUUCAGAACUUGUUUGGAACUGGAAAUAUCAUACCAAAAAGAUUUCAGAAGUAGCAUCUUUCGUCUUUAUCUUUGUGUGCAACUUCCUCCUUGGUUUUCUGCCUUAUGUAGACAAUUUUUCAAGCAUUGGAGGUUUUAUAUCAGGAUUCCUCCUUGGAACUGUUCUUCUAUUCGCACCUCAGUUCCAACAGGUAACUCCAAGUAAAGGAGAUCAAAUUGAUUAUGAUCUCAAAAGUUACAUCAAAUUGAAGCUCAAGCAAAAGCUAGACAGACCAGUUUCUAGGAUUGUUUCUCUUAUCCUCUUCACUCUGCUAUUGGCUGGUUGUCUUCUUGCAGUUCUUUAUGGAAUCAACAUCAACAGUUAUUGCACAUGGUGUCCAUAUGUUGACUGUAUCCCUUUCACAAGCUGGCACUGCAAAGACAGAGAAACCUUUUGUGAGACAAUGGUGAGUAAUGCUCAUUUGACGAUGACAUGUUUGGGGAAUGGCAACUUCAAGGUCUUUCACUACACCAACAUCUCCCGAGCAAGGAUUAAUGAUUUGUGCAAUUUAAUAUGUUGAUGAGAUGGAUUGUUUGGAUAAUUCCUUUUGUCCAAAUUACCUGGUAAUACUGGAUAGGUAAAGAUAGCUUCAUAUCUUAACCAACUGUCAAUUCUUUUUCUGAAUAUAAAGAAAUAGGAGCUUAAUAAAGAACUUAGGGAAGCUGAUCGGACACAAUCAGAUGCUAGAGUUUAUGGAAUUUGCCUUUUGAUGUAAAUACCACUAGGGUGUAACAUUUCAAGUUCUUGUGAAAUAAAUCCAUUCCACUCCAAAAGAUUAAUCA